GGUUAAACUUUUCUUCGAUGUUAAGCUUUUUACGUGAUCCUGCACCCCUAUAUCCCCUUAUAUCGUUAAAGUUUAUACGUUUCCUAAAAAUAACGGGAAAAGAAGAAAGUUCCAUUUUGUUAGCCCACCUUACGACUGACGAGCUCGAUUCUUUGUGUUGGGCUCCUGGUUUACCUGAAUUUACGAUCUUCAUUCUUCACCGAGAAGCAAAGGGAUUGAGAUAA